ACUGCUGGAGGGAGGUUUCUAGACAUUUAAACAUGUGUGUGUGUGUGUGUGUGUGUGUGUGGCUACACAUGAUGUAUGAGUUCCAAGUGGAUUUAUCCUCGUGGUCUAACCAAAAGAGGGAGGAGAGUGGGCUUCUCGUGCUUCUGCCCCCUUUCAGUACUUUCCGGCACGGUAGUCUCGCAGCGGCCUCCCGGGCGGGGCUGUGUGAACCGGUAUAAGAGGGGACAUGGUCCGGAGGGUGGAGGGAGAGUCACCUGUGGACCUGCUGCGACACUCUGCUCCUCAGCCUCUAAUCUGCUGCCUCCCCCUGGGACCUCCGCCCUCCCGCUUCACCGCCAACAGCACCAUGGAUAGCUCCGGGAUGCUCCGCGGGCUGCUGCUCGUCGGCCUGCUGUCCGUCCUGUGCCACGGCCAGGCAUCACGGGAAGUCUCCGCAGAAGACUUUGGAGAGGAGAAACAAGAAGCAGCUGUAGACAGAGACCUGCUAGAGGCACUGGAUGUGCUCCUGGGCAGAAAUCAUAAUCAAGUCUCCUCCCCUGAGAAAAGAGGAAGCAUCCCACUGUGCGGGUUGGGGAACCGGUGUGCCAUGAAGUACGGGCCUCGCAUCGGGAAGCUCUGCGACUGUGGAAGAGGAGCCAACUGCAACUCCUACCUCCUCAAGUGCAUCUAAACCGCCCAGGGCUUUCCUUUAGUUUGUCAGCUCUGCAGGGCCAAACACAUUCUUCAGCACAGCUCCCAUAAACCAACUCAACCCUGUCAUCAUUUAUUGCCAUAGCUGUUGUUAAACAGUUGUCGCCUGAGGAUAAGCAUGGAUUUUGUACUGCUGACAGUACUGAAUAUGUUGUGUUUAAUGUAAAUGUUUCAUCUUCAAUAAACACGUCAACAUAUAA